AUGCUGCACGCUGCGAGGCUUGUUCGCCCUCGGCCUCCAGCGCAUGUCGCCCGCCUGUCAUUCUCUACCUCCUGUCUCGCAAAAACAGCCGCCAGUGCCUCCUCUCGCCAUCUCGCGUUCUCGGGUAUUUUAUCUCUUCUCUCUUUCAUUUCUGAUCACUUGUUCAUUUCCCAAUUCUUUCCCGUUCCUCCUUCGUUUCUUAAAUUACAUUCAGGAGUAUACCCUGUCCGCACACAUGACUGCGGCGCACUCAGAGCUUCCGAUGCAGACAGAAGUGUGGUCUUAGCUGGCUGGAUUCUCCCGCAGAGAAAAAUAUCAAACUCCGUUUCAUUCUUCUCCAUUAAAGACUCCAGUGGCACAACGCAACUUGUACUCAAUAGGAACAGCCCGCAGAGCUCGAAAACUCUAGAUGUGCUCUCUACCAUUCCCGUCGAGUCAGUCGUUCUUGUUCAGGGAUCCGUGCGCGUACGCCCCCAGAAGGCCCACAGGAAGAUCGACCCCACCGGUGAAGUGGAAGUUCUCGUCAAGGAAAUCAUUCUUCUAAAUCCGGCUGACCAUGUGUCGAUGCCAUUUCUACCGUCGGAUACCAAGAAUAUUGCUAACGAUGAAUUGAGAGCUCGAUUCCGGCAUCUCGAUCUUCGACGCCAACCUCUGGCCGUUAACCUACGCAAAAGAAGCCUCGUCGUACACGAGAUACGAAACUUCCUACAUGAUGAAGGUUUCAUAGACGUCGAGACACCCAUGCUUUUAAAGUCGACUCCGGAAGGAGCACGGGAAUUUCUUGUACCGACACGUUUGUUACAGCAGGAUUCAAAGAACAGCAAGCGAGAGCCUCAAUUCUAUUCCCUGGCUCAAUCGCCACAACAGCCGAAGCAGCUUCUGAUCUGCUCUGGGGCAGUUGAUAAGUAUUUUCAGAUUGCGCGCUGUUUCCGCGAUGAAGACGGGCGAAAGGACCGUCAACCCGAGUUCACACAAGUUGAUUUGGAGAUGGCCUUCGUAUCGUGGGGUAAUCAUGCGGGCUCGCCAGACAGCGUUAAAGAAUCCGGAGAUAAGUGGCGUAUCGGCGGGCAGGAAGUUCGACGUGUCGUCGAGGCACUCGUGAACCGAGUCUGGACUACUGCCCAUAAUGCCGAUCAGAAUACCGUUCUUCCUUCCCGCUUCCCUGUCAUGACUUACGCCCAAGCUAUGGGUCGGUUUGGCUCCGACAAGCCUGAUACACGAUUCGGAUUGGAGAUUAACGACAUGACACCUAUGCUUCUAUCGGCGACUAGUGAUGUUCUCGUCUCAGCGGGAAAGAUCGUUGAGUAUUUCAUCGUACGUAGAAUGGACGCUGCCUUCUCCAAGGCAUCACUCGCUUGCCAAUCCGAAUGGUUUGAUGGUGAAGCAGCGCAAAUAACUAAGGACAAUCUUGACAAUUGGCUACUCCAAAGUACACUCCUACGAACGGAGUCGGCUCCGGUUUUCCCGACUGCCAGCGAUACAGCAGCACUGAAUCAAGCCCUUUCCAUACAGCCUGGAGAUUGCAUUUGGUUAUCACGGAGAAAUGCCGUGGCUGAGGGUGGUGCGACAAGUCUCGGCAAGGCCCGUCUUCGUAUAGCCCAAGUUGCAGAACAACUUGGCACCUAUAUGCCACCAAAUCAGCCACAUUUCUUAUGGAUCACGGAGUUCCCAUUGUUCACGCGAGCGGACGAUGAUAAGGGCUUUCUCGCAAAGGGCCGUUGGAGCAGCUCGCACCAUCCUUUUACAGCCCCAAUGUGGCAAGACAUUGAAAAGCUUUAUGGAGGCGAUACCGCUUCAGUCCGAGGCCAGCACUAUGACCUCGUUCUUAAUGGGGUUGAGAUCGGCGGCGGCUCUGUCCGAGUGCACGACCCCGCAAUGCAAGAAUUCAUUUUUGACAAAGUCCUCGAGCUCUCGGCAACAGAAAAGGCUUCAUUUGAACACUUGCUACACGCUCUACGGUGCGGAGCUCCUCCCCAUGGCGGCAUUGCGCUUGGCUUUGACCGCCUUAUGGCGAUACUAUGCGGAACUCAAACCAUCCGGGACGUCAUCGCAUUUCCGAAGACCGGAGCUGGGACAGACACGUUCUUUAAAAGCCCGUCUGCCGUCAGCGAUGAUGUCCUAGCACAGUAUGGAAUCAAGAAGAUUUAG